AUGCAGUGGACAGAGCUUGUUUUGAAUCUGAAACAUUCUUUAAGUAAACUUUUCCAUGUGCGUUCAGUAACCCAGACGGAUGUCUAUCGCGCUGACGCCAAAGAGAUCCCCAGAAUAUUCCAGAUCUUGUACGCUAAUGAGGGUGAGAGCAAGAAAGAGCAAGAACUGGAACCUCUUCCUGGAGACAAGUCCAGCUACAUUUGCCAUAAGGGUCAUGAGUUCAUUCAUACCCUGUACCACUUCCCCACUAACUGUGAAGCCUGUACCAAACCCCUGUGGAACAUGUUCAAACCACCUCCAGCUCUCGAAUGCAGACGAUGCCACAUCAAGUGCCACAAAGACCACAUGGACAAGAAAGAGGAAGUCAUCGCUCCCUGCAGAGGUGAGAAAGGGCUCUCUUCUUUACUACCUUAA